UAGUCGCUCCGGUUGCGCUGCUCUGGCAGCCUGAAAUUUUGCAGUUUAGUGUGCUCGAUAUGGUCGAGGAAGGCCGGCACAUCACCGCCAGUUCUGAAUUCAUUCACCGCAUUAAUGCGAGAAAUUGCAAACUAGUUGCCUGCUUUGUGGUCGUCGGUUUCGUCCUCUACCACGGCGUCAUUCACCUGACGUACGGCAUCGACACGUGCAAGUGGCUGCUGAGCGAUGGACGAUUUCAGGGCUAUCACGUGUGGCAACCGUACGGCUGUAUGUUGCACACCUACACCAAUGCGGAAUCUCGCAUGUGCCUGCGCUACAUCGCCUAUUGGGGGGGCAAGAACCACAUUGUGUUCGUUGGGGACUCGCGCAUCCGUCAACUGUACGGGGCCUUUGUGCAGCAGGUGCAGCCGUCGCCCGCACCCCAGCAGGGCCACCGGGAUUUGCUUUACGAGGAGAAGGACCUGCACCUCACAGUGGAGUUCCUCUGGCAUCCGCUGGUCGAUGGUUCGCUGCGUUCAGCUGGAGCACGCUGGCUGCGGCAGCGGCCUGCCCUCAUUGUGCUGGGCAGUGGCACUUGGGCCAUCAAGCAGAGCAAUGGAAGCGAUGCCAUGCUGGCUGAGUAUGCGGCCAAUGUGAGCCGGCUGGUUCCCCUUCUUGACGGCUUGCCAAUGGCUCGCGUGUCCUCUGGAUGCUGCAAGACCCCGUCCAGGCAGACCGGCUCAGCCCCAGCGCCAUGCCAUCUCCAACGAGCUCAUUGAUGCCUACAACCAGGCGGCUGUGCAUGCACUGUAAGUCCUG